AUUUACAUUUUUACAAAGUGCUUCGUCAUCUCUUGCUUUCUUAAUACACCCGUUUUUUCUCUAUAUAUAUUUUUUUUUUGCCCAACACACAACACAUUAUAUGAAAAGGCCACAAGAAAUGGCCAGGUCAUUUGGCACACCCGUCUACGCGACUCUGGCAACCAUACUGGGCCUGUGCAUCCUUGUUUUUCUCUCCACGUACUCGGCCCCAACUGUCACCCGGCAGCAGCCCGGCAGCACCAUCAUCUACGACCCAACCGCACCAACAUUCCACCUCUCCUCACAGGCACUCGACUCGAGCAAACUUCCCUUUGCCAACCACUCCACACUAGAGCCUUAUCAAAGCUACCUACAACAGACGCUGGAUUUUACUCACUUCCAAUCGCUCUUCGACUCGGUCAACAAUUUGUCUGGCGGAGGAAUACUGCGGACGCGCGGCGAAGCCCAUAUCACGGUGAUCAGUCCGCCGGAGUAUGACAUGGUGCUGAAGCCCGCCGGAUUGACAAUUGAGGAGAUUGAGGGGAUUGCGCUGAGAAGCAAAAUACAGGCGGCAAGGAUCGCUCCUGUGUGCUUGGGAAGAUUCAAGGGCAGGUUAAAGGAGGAGGAGCAGGAGGGUGAGCUUUUGUUGUUUUCGUUGGUGGUCGCUGACGUGUAUGGUGAUCUGAUGGCGAUUCGCAGAGAUGUGUUUAAGCUGUUUAGAGAGCGUGGAGGCCAAGGCGCGUUGUUUCAGCCGGAGGCGUUCUGGCCGCACGUCACCAUCGGAUACAACCAACGCGAUCUCUUCGUCCAAGACGGCAUCUACAAAGGAUCCAAUUAUUGUUACGCUCCGGUCCGAGCUGUAUAAUAUUUUCUUGCAAUUUUUGUAUUUUUG